UCUUGAUGUUUGAAAAUGAGACCACUCAAUUAAGCAAUUAGUGAUAAUUUGCCUUUUAGGUAUAAAUGGUUUAAAAAUGCUUGUUUUCGAAGAAGUGGAGAAAAGGGUGGGGGAGUUGGGAGGAUUCUCCUCUAAACUUGAGGAAAUUUUACUUUUCUUACUCCGAGAUGCACGAGACAUGAGGGAGACUGCAAAAACUGAAAAUGAUGCCAGAAAACUGGAAAUUGAGAAAUCUACCAAAAGUUUGGAAGCCUUGAUGAACGAAGAAACAGAUAAACUAAGAGAAAUUAUAAAGAAAGAGAAUAUGGAAAGACAGCGUGAUAUGAAGGAUAUAGAAGCAUAUGUGAAGAUGGAAGGUGCAGAGAGAAGGAAGGAUAUGGCUGAGAUUAAAGAGAAAAUUAAAUCUGAGGAAGAAAAAAGAUUAGAUGAUGCUAAGCAGAUGCAGGAGAAGAUGGAGAGGGAGAAGAAAGCCCUGCAGGAAUAUGUGGAGAGGGAUGCAAGAGAGACGAAGGAAAGGCUGGCGGAGGAGAACAAGGCUUUACAGCAGAAGCUGGACAGGGAGGCAACAGAACUCAAGAAAAGGCUCCAGGACGUAGACGAGGAGAAAGCUGAAGAGAUGAAGAUCCUGCAGCAGAAACUGGAUCUGGAGAGAAAACUACUUAAUGAGAAGAUGGAGAGAGAAAAGGCAGAGUUAGCUGAGGAGAUGGAAAGAGCUGAACAAGACAGGAAAAAAGAAGCUGCAAACCUAAAAUCUAGAAUGGAAGAAGAAGCUAAACAGACACAGAGCGGAAUAGUUACGAUGUUUGAAAGACUGAAGACCGAAAACGAGACGAGGAAAACCGAGAUCCAUGGUUUAAAGGAUAUCUUGGUUCGGGAAAAUGAAAAAUUAGGUCGAGACCAGAUGUUGCUGAGUCAGAAACUGGACAAUGCUCUUCAGGAUUUAAACGAGAAAAUUGAUCAAGAAGUCACAGACGUCAGGAAAGAACUAAAAACUACGGCGUCGGAUUUAACAGAUAAUAUGAAAUCUGACAAGAAGGAAAUCAAGGACAAAAUUGACGGGGAAUAUGCAGAUCUAAAGAAGAAAGUUGAGCUAGAAACUAAUGAGCUCAGGGAUAAAAUGCAAUUUGAUAAGAAGGCAAUGAUCGUUAAGUUUGAAGAGGUUGAGGAUGAAAGACAAAAAGAAGCAAAAUUGAUCAGGGCUCAGCUACAGAGAGAACGAGAGGAAACAAGAGAUAUGGUUAACAGCGAAUCCAAGCUUAUUCAGGACCAAUUAGAUGGAAAUACAAGAGAAUUAAUGGACAUAAUCAAGAGAGAAAAAGGAGAUAGGGAUCGUGAGUUUGACAGCGUAAAGAGACGAAUAGAAGACGAGAAAAAGGAGCUUCAACUUAGUAUAGACAGGGAUCGUGAUAAUCUCACAAAGAAACUAAAUGAAGAACAUGAUCAAAGAAGAAUUGAACAAAUGGAGGUUCAACAGCGAUUAGAAACAACUGAGAAAUCAGGGAAAAAUGAGAUGAACGAAUUAUUUGCCAGGGUUAAGAGGUAUGAAGAGGAGGCUAGGAUAGAUAAUAUCCUGUAUAUCUAGGGUUAAGAGGUAUGA